AGGCGGGUGUCUCCCGGGGCAAGCAGCGAGCGGGACGAACCCCCCGUGCCUCCUUAGGAGGAGGAGGCGGCGACAGUCUUUCCCUCGAGGGCAGGGGCGAGAAGGCCGAGAGGCGGUUGAGACCGCGUACCGCAGCCGCCCGCGCCAGCCAGCACUCGACCCGCUCCCCCUCCCAUCGGGAACCCCGGUGCCCGCUCCGCUCCGCGCACACGACGGCCCCUCCUGAGCAGCAGCAGCGGCCGCGGCAGACCCGACCGCCCUAGCGCGCAUGCUCGUGGCGGACGCCAUUUUGGUGGGGCCGGGGUUAUCAGUGCGAGCGGCGGCGGAGCUCGCUGGGCCCGGCGCGGAGGCAGUGGUGAGUGGGUGCCUGCCGCGGAGAUGGCCAACAUCGCGGUGCAGAGGAUCAAGCGGGAGUUCAAGGAGGUGCUGAAGAGCGAGGAGACGAGCAAAAAUCAAAUUAAAGUAGAUCUUGUAGAUGAGAAUUUUACAGAAUUAAGAGGAGAAAUAGCAGGACCUCCGGACACACCAUAUGAAGGUGGACGGUAUCAGCUAGAAAUAAAAAUUCCAGAAACAUAUCCAUUUAAUCCUCCUAAGGUGCGGUUUAUUACCAAAAUAUGGCAUCCUAAUAUUAGCUCAGUCACUGGGGCCAUUUGUUUGGAUAUUCUGAAAGAUCAGUGGGCAGCAGCAAUGACUCUAAGGACAGUGUUGUUAUCACUGCAAGCAUUGUUGGCAGCUGCAGAACCAGAUGAUCCACAAGAUGCAGUAGUGGCAAACCAGUACAAACAAAAUCCAGAAAUGUUUAAACAGACAGCUCGGCUUUGGGCACAUGUGUAUGCUGGAGCACCAGUUUCUAGUCCAGAAUACACCAAAAAAAUAGAAAACCUUUGUGCUAUGGGCUUUGAUAGGAAUGCAGUAAUAGUGGCCUUGUCUUCAAAAUCAUGGGAUGUAGAGACUGCAACAGAAUUACUCCUGAGUAACUGAGCCAUGUAGAGAGAGCUGCUUCAGUAGUCCAGCUUGCCCCUUCUGGAGGAGCAUCACCAUCUGUUAUUUUUAGGAUUCUAUAUAGAUUCUCUUUUAAAACUGGCACUCUUGCCUGAUGAUGCUAUCUAGGCACUAUUGGAGACUGAAAAAAAAACAAACCGCUCUGUAAAUAAAGCUAAUUAAACGUCUGUGUAAAUUUAAAAAGGGGAAAUACUUUAAUUUUUUUUCUUACUAAAUAUUGUAAAAAUUCUUUGAGCUCAGCUAAAAUAAUGGGGGAAAACCAUGCCUACUUUAGUGUUUAGCAGUGUGACGAAGACUAGCAGGAACUUGCUUCAGGAUUUUGAUCUAGUAAUUCAGAAAGCAACAUUUUUGAGUGUUGGUCAUCAAAAUUUUUGGUGCCACUCAUCACAGCUAUCUUACUGUUUUUAACACAGAUCCUAUGUGCCUGUGGAUUGACCUAUGUUUGCAUGCUUGUACUUAAUAGACAUAUUAGGUAGGGUCGCUGAAGAGAGCACCAUUGAAAUACUUGAGUGUUCUUGCAACUUUUUUCCUGAAAGACUUUGAAGACAUACCCAAAGUUCCAAAUGGUGACCUGUUCAGAACCAGUUUCUUUCUAUCUUAUUAAUUGGGAAACCUGAUUCUCCUGUCCCUUACAGCAUACAGCUGAAAAUCCUCACUAGAUUAUGUUUCAUCAUCUAUGGGUAUUAUGCGUGCCAUUUACAGUAGUCUAGGUUCCCCUUUAAAAAAAUAUUUUGGAUUAUCAGUAAUGAUUUUCAUCCAUCGUGUUUUCUACACAAUCUCGUAAGGAGUGUGCCUUCAUGUAGCACAAAAAGAUGGAGCUGGUUUUCUUUCCUUUUUGUUUUUUGGUCAUAAGUAGAUGUAAAAUGUUCUUCAGAACAUUCUGGAUCAUAUGAUUUGACUGGGUUUGAAGGAGGAAAAAGCUGAUUCUCUAGCAUACUGAGAAUUAAAAGUUUUUCUUUGAGUACUUGACAUGAUGCAAUCAGCUGUUUUUUGCAGCCACUUUAUAGCUUUAUUUUGGGCUUCAAUAUAAGGAUUGCUUACCAGGUACAUUAAAAUACAUCCUUGCUUGCAUUUUUUCUCUAGUUGACACAUGGAGGCUGUGUUGGUGUUUUUACUGUACAUACUUCAAAUGCACAUAGAAGUAGAAGUGUGUUUUCAAUUUUAGCUUUCUUUUGGAUUGAUGUUUCUGAUAAACGAGAACUGAAAUCUUACCUUGGCGUGUACAUACAGUCAGUCUUUUGAUUCGUAUUAAAAUGGACAUUUCAUCCUGA